AUGGCGGCCUCUCUACGUAUCAUUGCUGGCAGCCUCACGCGCGCUGCCAGUAUUUGCCGCCUUCCCCAUCGCGUUCCCAGCCUGUACGCGUUGAGGACACCGACGGUAGCAGGCGCGGGUCGCCUUUCCGCUGUGCGCUUCAACAGCACCGUGGCGGAGUCCAUGGUUGCGGCCAUGCAUUCAAGCUUCUCGGAGCCUGCAGUCCCCCCGCCAGAGCACUCCAACUCGGAACAACCCUUAUUCUCCUCGCUGGAGGGUAAAAUCUCGCCCCAGACCCUCAAUCCUUUGGUCAAGGCACCGUUCAAUUUCAAGCAUAUGAGCGCUGUUCAAGCUGCCGUCCUCCCUCUUCUUCCGGAACUCGUUCAACUCCCCGAGCCCGACGCAGAGAAGAAGGGUCCACGGGAUCUCUUGGUGAAAGCUCGUACUGGGACUGGCAAGACCUUAGGGUUCUUGAUUCCUGCGGUGGAGAGUCGUGUCAACGAACUCAAUCAACGUGCUGAACAGAUCAAGGCGGACACGGCGUCGAGAUCGCUUCGCGAUGCUCCUGUUCUGCGUGGAGUUCAAGCCCACGCGAAGGCCACCGUUGGUACCGUCAUCCUCAGCCCGACGCGCGAGCUUGCAUCGCAGAUUGCGGUGGAGGCCCAAAAGUUGACCAAGGACCACAACUUUGGUGUUCACUUGAUGGUGGGCGGCGUCCCCAAGGGACCGCAGCUACGCCAGUGGAACAUGAGCAGGCGGGACAUCAUCGUCGGCACCCCAGGUCGCAUCCGGGACUACAUUGAGAACCAACCUGGUUUCCGUGAAGCUCUUGGCUCGACGUCCACUUUCAUCCUUGACGAAGCCGAUCGCUUGUUGGAGAUGGGUUUCCGUGAGGACAUCGAAGCCAUCGCGCAAGAUCUUAAGCCCACUCCUGAGAGGCAGACGUUCCUGUUCUCUGCGACGAUGGACAAAUCCAUUCAGCAAGUUGCUCGUGAGAUUCUUUCCCAGGACCAUACCUUCAUCAACUGUGUUUCCGAGAACGAAGAACCCACCCAUCACCAUAUCCCUCAGCACUAUACCGUCCUUCCUGGCCCUCAAGAGCAGAUCCACCAUGUCUUUCGACUCAUAGGCGAAGAUCAACUAGCGAAUCCUGGCACAUCCAAGGUCUUGGUCUUCUUGUCGACCAACCUGAUGGUGAAGCUCUUCUCCACGUUGUUCUAUGGUCUUAGGCCCGCUCUUCCGGCAGACCGAGAUACGAAGAUCCUGGAAAUUCACGGCCUGAAGGCCCAAAAGUCUCGUGAUCACGUCUCCAAAGAAUUUAGGUUCGCCACAAGCCCCUCGGUCCUAUUCACAUCAGACGUCUCCGCACGAGGCGUUGACUAUCCAGGUGUGACCCGCGUCAUACAGGUCAGUGUUCCUAGCUCAAGGGAAACGUACGUCCACCGAAUUGGACGGACGGGCCGAGGCAACUCGUUGAAGGGACGCGGCGACCUCGUGCUGCUCCCCUGGGAGGCCGGUAUCGUCAGGCGAGCCCUCGAGGGCAUUCCCCUCAAAGAGCUCCCGAUUGAAGCGCAGAAGGAGGACCUCACCAAGCUCGUGGAGGAGCACGACGCCAACAUCCGCCCCCGCCAGACCCCCAUGGCCCCCAUCUUCGACCCGACACAAAUCGACCUUGCCCUCUCCAAGGCGCAGAGCCGCACACAGCCGGAGGACGUAUCGAGCGCGCUCCUCUCCCAGCUAGCCUUCUACGCCUCCAACUGGGACUUCAUCUCCCGCGACCGGAACCUCAAUGAGGAGGCCCUCCGCACCUGGGCUCAUGCGAUCCACGGCGAGCCCAUCGACAUGCGCAUGCCCCGCAUGCACUCGUCUUCGAGGCAGUCAGCCCCAAAGAGUUACCGUCGCGAAGGCCGCGACGACCGUGAAUACCGUCGCGAGCCCGACCGUGGGUCCCGCCGCGACCGCGACUUCUCCUCCCGGGACGACCGCGACUACCGCGGCACCGGGCGCCGCCUCCGGAGCCCGUUCCCGGACGAGGACACCCCAGGGAAGCGGUCUCGAGAUGACACGGAGGACCGCGGGUCCCGCUUCCGGGGGCGUUCGCGCUCCAGCGGCCCGCGCGACAUCGAGCAUUACGACGACUACAAGGAGCGCCCGCGCAAAAGCUGGCGAGAGCUCGUUUAG